AGACGAAACAGCAAACUGCGGUCGGCCCUGCCUGGUUUUGAGAAGGGGAGCGCGAUGGGGCGAGGCGGAGGAACUUUCGAACGGCUUCUAGAUAAAGCUACCAGUCAGCUUCUGUUAGAGACAGACUGGGAGUCCAUCCUGCAGAUCUGUGAUAUGAUUCGUCAGGGGGACACCCAGGCUAAAUACGCUGUGGGCGCAAUAAAGAAGAAGGUCAAUGACAAGAAUCCUCAUGUGGCUCUGUAUGCACUCGAGGUUUUGGAAUCUGUGGUAAAGAACUGUGGUCAGACGGUCCAUGACGAAAUGGCUAACAAACAGACCAUGGAGGAGCUGAAGGAAUUGCUAAAGAGACAAGUUGAGGCCAAUGUUCGGAAUAAAAUCCUCUACCUGAUCCAAGCGUGGGCUCAUGCCUUCCGCAAUGAGCCCAAGUACAAGGUGGUGCAGGACACCUAUCAGAUCAUGAAGGUGGAAGGUCAUGUUUUUCCAGAAUUCAAGGAAAGUGAUGCAAUGUUUGCAGCAGAAAGGGCUCCGGACUGGGUGGAUGCAGAGGAGUGUCACCGUUGCCGAGUCCAGUUUGGAGUGGUGACCCGCAAGCAUCACUGCCGGGCAUGUGGGCAGAUCUUUUGUGGAAAGUGCUCAUCCAAGUACUCUACCAUUCCCAAGUUUGGCAUAGAGAAGGAGGUGCGGGUGUGUGAGCCCUGUUACGAGCAUCUCAACAAAAAAGCUGAAGGGAAAGGAACUGGCACCACAGAGCUCCCCCCUGAGUACUUGACCAGCCCCCUUUCUCAGCAAUCUCAGCUGCCCCCAAAGCGGGAUGAGACCGCCCUGCAGGAGGAGGAGGAGCUCCAGCUGGCAAUUGCAUUAUCCCAGUCAGAAGCAGAGGAGAAGGAGAGGAUGAGGCAGAAAACUACAUAUUCCACGUACCCCAAGGCUGAGCCAACACCCAUCACUUCAUCUGCCCCUCCAGUCAGUACCCUCUAUUCCUCACCUGUGAACUCCUCUGCUCCUCUGGCUGAGGACAUUGACCCGGAGUUGGCUCGUUAUCUGAACCGCAACUACUGGGAAAAGAAGCAGGAAGAGGUCCGCAAGAGUCCCACCCCAUCAGCCCCACUCUCCAUGGGGGAGCCAGUUGCCCAGACCACUGAAAUCCAACCUGCUCCACUCAGCGUGGUGGAACAGCAGUAUCAAAACGGCGAAACCGACGAGAGCCACGAGCAGUUCCUUAAGGCCCUCCAGAAUGCCGUCACCACCUUUGUCAACCGCAUGAAAAGCAACCACCUGCGGGGCCGGAGCAUCACCAAUGACUCAGCAGUGCUCUCGCUCUUUCAGUCCAUCAACAGCAUGCACCCCCAGCUCCUGGAGCUGCUCAACCAGUUGGACGAGCGUCGCUUGUACUAUGAGGGACUCCAAGAUAAACUUGCCCAGAUCCGGGAUGCACGGGGAGCCCUGAAUGCCCUGCGAGAGGAGCACAGAGAAAAGCUGCGCCGUGCGGCCGAAGAGGCGGAGCGUCAGCGGCAGAUCCAGCUAGCCCAGAAGCUGGAGAUCAUGCGGCAGAAGAAACAGGAAUACCUGGAGAUGCAACGGCAGCUGGCCAUCCAGCGCCUUCAGGAGCAGGAAAAGGAGCGCCAGCUACGGCUGGAGCAGCAAAAGCAAACGAUCCAGAUGAGGGCACAGAUGCCUGCUUUCUCUCUGCCUUAUGCUCAGCUCCAGGCCAUGCCUGCUGCUGGCGGGGUGAUCUACCAGCCAUCGGGCCCCACAAACUUCCCAGGCACUUUCAGCCCCGCAGGCUCUGUGGAAGGGUCCCCUAUGCACACGGUGUACAUGAGCCAGCCAGCCCAGGGCAACACGGGGCCCUACACUGCGAUGCCCAUGGCAGGAACAGAUCCCAACAUGGUGAGCACCUACAUGUACCCAGCAGGCACGAAUAAUGCACAAACCGCUCCGCAGGGGCAGGCUGUGCCCGCCACGAAUCCUGCCUAUUCCUCCUACCAGCCUACACCAACCCAGGGCUAUCAGAACGCAGCUGCCCCCUCACAGACCCAGGCGAUUCCUGCCAUGACUCAGGCUCCACAGUCUGGUGGCGCAAUCGGUUACAUGGGCAGUCAGUCUGUCUCCAUGGGCUACCAGCCCUACAACAUGCAGAACCUCAUGUCAACCCUUCCUGGCCAGGAUCCCGCUUUGAGUAAUCUGCCACCCCAGCAGCCUUAUUUAUCAGGCCAGCAACCGAUGUAUCAGCAGAUGGCGCCCCCUGGAGGACCUCCCCAGCAGCAGCCCCCUCCCCAGCAGGCUCCAGCCCAAGUGCAACAGGCACAGGGGGGCAGUGGAGAGGCUCAGCUCAUUUCCUUUGACUAACCUCUCAUCUUAAAAGGAAGAGGAGGGGUGGGUUUCUAAGACAUUGAACACUACUAUCUCUUGGUCACUGCUGUACUUGCUACACCAUGGCUGUUACCUUGCACCCUUCCCUUAGGGGAAUGGAGAACUGAGCCUCUGUUGUUAGGUAGUCUCCCACUGGCUACCUCCC